CGGAGCUGAGCAGAAGCGUGAUCCGCACGUCGUCCGCGGUCGUUUGGAACGGAUCUGCAACAUUUUGCCGCUGCAGCCCUUUUGUGGACCUCUAUUAUGAGAACUUUCACAUCAGCUCUUUUGAUUUAUUUCAUUCUCAUGUUUGAUCAUUUUCUUCAUUUUGACCAUCACCAUUGUUUCGUCCUUUUCGUUUUUUCUGCUGCUAUUAGCCACAAAUUGUUGCUUAUCACCACCAGCGUCAUCUGAAAGGGGGAAUAUCAUUGCAUUCCACAACUAGGCUUCGCUCCCGUUUACUCUGCCGUUGCCGCUGCUUUGGAUUUGAUGCGAAUUGCUGGACUCAGACAAAGGGGAUUUAUUUUUUUUUUAAUUCUACAAACAACACUUGUUCGCUCUGAGGAAUGUAUAGCGACGGCUUUCAGUACGCGCUCUGAGCAGAGGAGAAUAUACGCAGCGCCAGUGAAUAAACUAUGCGUCUUGGCUUUGUGACGCUGGUCUUUCUCCUGACGAUGCUGUAGACCGCGUCGGGGUCUGUGACCAGCGUGCGUCUCCACUGGAUCGGGAUACAAAGUCGAAGAAACGACUUUUUUUUUCCAUUCGGGAGAGCUUGUCGUUUGAAUAGAUUUUUGGGACAGGUGUAUUUAUUUUGACAAAAAUCGUGCAACCACCCGGAGACUCUCCAACCAGUCAAAACAUGGGGGACUCGAUGUGGAGAUAUUAUUUUGGAGUUCUGGUUCUUGUCUUCAAAGUACACUUGUGUCGGGCGCUCAUUUUGGAGUCUAUUUAUUGGAACACAACAAAUACCAAAUUUGUGCCAGGACAAGGUGUGGUACUCUACCCUCAGAUCGGUGAUAAAUUGGACAUUGUGUGCCCCCGAGUGGAUGGUGGGGUGGGUGAGGGAGUGGAGUAUUAUAAAGUGUAUAUGGUGCCCAGGGAGCAGCUGGAGAGCUGCACCAUUACCAAGGCUGACACGCCACUCCUUAACUGUGUCAAGCCUGACCAGGACGUAAAGUUCACCCUCAAGUUUCAGGAGUUCAGCCCCAACCUUUGGGGCUUGGAGUUCUUCAGGGGAAAAGACUAUUACAUCAUCUCUACUUCAAAUGGCACAAUGGAGGGAAUCGACAACCAGGACGGGGGAGUAUGUAAGACCAAGUCCAUGAAGAUGAUCAUGAAAGUGGGACAAAAUCCUGCUGACCCGAUUUCACCCAAAGACAAACCCACCAGGGUUCCCUACUCUCCGAAGCACCCAGACAGCAAGGACACCCACAAAAAUAAUGAAGUGCUGGAGAAGCCAGGCGCAGCAUCCAGAGAAAGUGAUGCAAACAACACGGGCGGGAAGUCGUCCAAUAUCAUCGGUUCUGGGGUGGCCAUCUUUGUCAGCAUCGCCUCAGGCAGCGUCAUCUUUAUCAUCAUCAUAAUCAUGCUGGUGCUGCUGCUGCUCAAGUACCGGCGGCGUCACCGCAAGCACUCGCCACAGCAUGCGGCCACGUUGUCUCUGAGCACUCUGGCCACGCCGAAGCGAAGCGGCAGUGGCGGAAACAAUAAUGGCUCGGAGCCCAGCGACAUCAUCAUCCCGCUCAGGACUGCUGACAGCGUCUUUUGCCCCCACUACGAAAAAGUCAGUGGCGAUUACGGCCACCCGGUCUACAUCGUCCAAGAGAUGCCACCGCAGAGCCCUGCCAACAUCUAUUACAAAGUCUGAAGGAGAACGUUUCAAAACAUGAGACAUACUGGAUCGCUCCCAGGGUAGAGAGUGGCAGGUUCAUGGUUUCAGCGAGCACAGCCUCCAUGCCUGCAAACAAACUCCCUGACCCUUUUUCUCUCAUUCUGCCAAGUCCUCUCCUCUGAUACUUUGUCGGUAGUAUUUUCGUUGUCGACGUUAGAUUAUACCUACUUCCUCUGGUAUGUUCACAGCGAGUUUGACUGCGAUUGGCAGAGGCCUGAGAAAUUGCUGCUGCUGCUGCUACUCUCUUUGACUUUGGGGAAGAGGAGGAAGAACUUAGAAUAUCUUUGCCCACUCUUUUUUUUCCCUUUUCUGGUUUGUGCACAAGUGGCUCGCAUGUUUGGGAGCUUGAUAUGUGAGGUCGGAAAGGUUCGAGAGAUCGCAAGUGUUAUUUUUCUUUUGCUGUGAUGGUAAGGGCGAACGGCUAUACGGAAGUGAAAAAUUCCUUGUCCCUUGACCUCAUCAUAGUGAUUGCCGUUUGGAAAAAUAUGAAAUGAGCUGGGAAUCGGCAAAGAUUUGAGGCCGGAGGAAAGGUAAUGGAGGGGAUGUAGGCUGACCAUGAACUGAUAAAGUGACUGCCCUCUCUUUGACUAUUUGGAUUCCCCAGGCGAACAAGGAAAAGGGGGAUAGAUUUUUGCACCCAUGCUCUCUGGGACUUUCUUGACUGACUCGCAGAUACCGCCCAAGCACUCUGCCAGCCACACAUACACCCACCCACCCACUACUACGCACAUGCGUCAAUACCAACAGUUUUUUGUUGUUGUUGUUAUUGUUGUUCUUUUUUUAAUCCUCAUUCCAUCUGUCGUCCUACCUUUCUUGUUACUUGAAGGUUGUAUCCAGUAUGUAUCCUGUGUCAAAAUACGUUGGAAUUGAUCACGUGUGGCUUUCAGAUCCUUGUGUAGCUGUGUGCACAUCGGGGUUUAAUUCAUCAUCCACACAUACAUCAUUUUGUAUGUAACAUUCAAACACAAGUAAAGUAGCAAGUGUGUUCAAGAUGGAUGGGAAUGAGGACGGUUGUGUGACAGGUCAGUUCAAAAGACAUGCCCGAAGCGUGGAGGGCAUUCGAAAUAAAGAGCAGCACUUUUAACCCUGUUUUGGUACCUGCACUCUUCAUAGCAGUCCAGAGAUAGAUCAUGACCAGAGGAGAUUGGAGAGAAGCUGUAUCCUGGCAUUUGUGAUUAGUAACGACUUCACCUCAGCUCCCCGCAACCUGAGCUUUAAACGGGAAAUUGUUUAGGGCAAUAAGAAAUCCAAUUUGCCUUAGUGUCGUAUUUUUUUUACAUCAGUGAAGAGUAGUCAAGAUACAACAGAGGUUAGCAUAGCUGCGUGGAACAGCCCUUGGUACUGUAACGUUUACCCUAAACAUCUGAGGACAAGGGCAUCUUGAGCCCAAAGAAGUAUGGCCAGUGCUCACAUUUUUUUAAAGCAGGGACACACUCAUCCAUUGCCGCUCUUUUUUUCCACCCCAUCAUCGUUUCUAUGUCUUGCCGCUUUAAAACGAUGUUUUACGAAGUAUACCUUAUAAAAACUCAAAUGAAAAAAAAUAUAAAUAUGAGAUUUUAUUUAUGAUAGACAGAGCACAGGCAGGUGUUGGCAUGGCAAGAGGUGAUAAUAUAUUGUGGUAUACGUGCACAUUAUGCAACCUAGAUAUUUUAUUAAUUGAUAUGCUUCAAGUCCUGCAAUUUCAUGAGAUCUCCAGGCGAAGCAGGGCCAGGUGAGGGAAUUCGGACCCUUGGCUCUCAUAGAGCAGAGUAGCUGCGUCUCUCGUCACUCGCUCAGUGUAGCAUAUACUGUAUGUCAAGAACACCCAGUGCCCCUUCACACACAUCCUUCAUGUCGUCUUUGCAUGUGUAUGCGUGUGACUGCUCGAGUUUCUAUUUUCACCGAUUUCACAAAUCUUCAGCUGACGAUGAGAUCCAUUUUCUGAGUGUACAGCGCCCCCGCCAUCUUCCUCAUUAAUCGCAUCAAAAUUUCACCGAAAAGCCAAGCCUAGUAUGAGGUUUGUGCCUCAAAGAGGCUACAGAAUCAGCAAAUAUGCAAUUAUUUAUUUUUUUAAUCGAUUCUGAUAUAUACGUUUAAAAAACAAAAACAAAAAAAAACACCUAUGGGAAGUGUUCUUAACCACUGAUAAGAUGUUCCAAAAGACAUCACUGUACAACAACAAAGUGUGUCAAACAAACCUGCUGUUAGUUUCAUUCCCUUCAUAUUAUUUCCAACUAUUUUUGUUUUAUCACCGUGCAAAAAUUUUCGCCGUGUAAAAAUGAACAAUUAAAAGCGUAUGACAUCCGAACAGGUAUUUAAGAGAGAUGAAAAAAAAAAGACACAUGUAACACACAAGCUGUUUUAGUUGCUGUUGAACUGCAGCAGAAUAUGACAAUCUUAUUUAGUUUCUUUGAAUCUGGCGUCCUUUUCUUAGCUGUCACUUGAAUAACACUCUCCUUACAUUGAGCGGAUUUGGUAGGAAUGUGAUUGAAUGGCUGUGAGAGGCCGUGAGAGUCUUCGAAAGUCGGAGAGGAAAAGCACGUCACGUUCUUGUAAAAUGCCUUGCUCGUAUGCUCAGCCCCCUCGGUCACUUGACUCAGAAAUUUUGCACCACUCUUCUGUAGGUAACAAACUGUAAAUACAUUCAUGUUUGUACUGUAUAUGGAUCCUGGGUUGUUACACUAGCCUUAUUCACCUUUUUUAGGAAAUUAAAAAAAAGUUCAGAAAAAAAAAGAAUUACACUUCGGUAAAACAGAGCAUACUACUUUUUGGUAAAUAGAUUAUGUAAAUAUUGAUGAGAACACAAGAAAACAUUUUUAUAAACUCUUAAAGUAAAAGGUUUUGUAUAAAAUUUGAAUUUUUUGCUAUGUAUUUUAGCUAGCGCUCAAUGGAAAGUGUCCUCCCCACUCCCUUCCCUUUUGCACUGUUUCCAUAGUAAUUUGGUUUGGGAAAAAAAAAAAUGAGCAAAAAUUUGCCAAACUGACUGCUGCAUAUUUGUGCCAUAAGUGUGUACCAUAAAUAUUUAUUGAAUUAGGUUUUUUUUUCCUUUUUUUUUUUCUUCAGUCCAGUUUGUCAGUAACACAGUAUUAUAUUUGAAUAGCUUUUUCUUUUUUUCAGCCUUGGUUUUCUGUUGUCCUGUCAUGGUUACUGAGUGGCUGUACCCCUUUUCUCCUUUCUUGUCAAGAAUGAGUUGAGCAAGUUGUGAAAAAUGGUUUUCAUGUUUAAAAUCUGAAGAAAAAAAAAAUCAAAGUGAGGAUAUAUGACACAUUCCACCAGUCUGUUACACAAUGCAAACUUUUUCAAUAAAAAAAAAAAAAAGUUUUUUUUUCCUAUG